CUAGGCCUCGUUCUGCUUAAAUGGCUCAGGCAGUAGCUCACGGUGUGAGAACGCUCGGCGUUUUGGGUGCUGGCCAGAUGGGGCUUGGGAUUGCAUACGUAGCAGCUCUUCGCGCCAAAAUUCCUGUUUUGCUACACGACCGCUCAGACGAACAGAUUGGGAAAGGACUGAAACUCAUGGACAAGCUCUUAGCGAAGGACGUAUCCAAAGGCAAGAUCCAAGAUAUCGACGCCAAAGAGGCACGCGACAGAAUCACCGUAAUAGAUGGUAGCAAAGGCAUUUCAGGUUUGAGGGAUGUCGAUAUGGUCAUUGAGGCAGUUUCGGAGAAGUUGGAUUUGAAGCAAAAUAUAUUUGGAGAUCUAUCUGCACAACUUGGCCCAGAUGCGAUUCUGGCUACGAAUACGUCGUCAAUUUCUAUCACGAAGAUUGCGGCGGCGACUAUUCCACAGGGCCAGACAGCUGCAUCGGAAGCCGGAAAGAAAAGCGCCUCUCGAGUAGUUGGUCUGCAUUUCUUCAACCCAGUUCCUGUCAUGAAACUCGUCGAGAUAAUCUCUGCACUACAAACGUCGCCUCAGACGCUUGACCGUGCAAGGUCAUUUGCCAUUGCGUGCGGGAAAGAAGUGACGACCUCACAGGAUGUCCCAGGUUUCGUCUCGAAUGCUUUGCUGAUGCCGUUCAUCAAUGAGGCCAUCAUGUGGUUAGAGAAGGGCGUCGCUUCUCGAGACGAUAUCGACAAGACCCUGCGAUUGGGCAUGAACCACCCGAUGGGUCCGCUUCAAUUAGCUGACUUCAUCGGUCUCGAUACAUGUCUCGCCAUCCAGCAAACUUUAUACGAGGGUACGGGAGACUCCAAGUACCGCCCCAGUGUCCUCCUGGAGCGUAUGGUCGAUGCACAGUGGUAUGGGAAGAAGAACGGGAAGGGGUUUUACGAGUACAGCGACAGUUGAAGCCGCAAAUUAUCCACAUAUGCUAUGGACCUGUAUAUAUUCGAGGUCAUUCGCGUGAUAAAUCACGACUGAUGCGUUUCGUCCCUGUGUUGCGCGAAGUCCCAGAUAGCAAUGUUGUGAUUACUGUGCAGAAGUUUCAUACGGGGCGGCAUGCAGCGGUUCUUUUUUGAACAGAACUAAUAAACUAAAUAGUGCCACCCUCAGGAAGCGUCCCAAGUCUCUUAUUCCUACUAGUCGUCGGCGCACGAUGUUCAGGCCCUUUCCCGUCCCAUGUCACCCUCACAUACGGCCUGAGCAUGUUCGAAAUAUGUGGCGACACCCAAUCACAUCCCUCAAACGCUACAGAGUCCAUGACACCCUUCCUUGACCGCACGAGCUUGACCAGGUCGAUUACCAGCCUCCCUCCGAGGGAUUUGAUGUCCCGCGUCGUGAUGAUCAGAUUUUUCAAGCGCGGCAAGAGUAUCGUAGCAGUCGCGUCCUCCACCUCGCCACCCACUGAACUGAAUGUAGUAGCCCCAAGGUGGCCGACGACCGGAUGUGAUGAGAUAGGGGCAGAGAUGGCUCGUAGAAGGCUCGAUAGUUCCCAUUGCUCGCCUUUGACGAGCAGGAUUUCGACAUCGUUGAAGCCCGACAGAUCGCGGCGUCCGGUCUCCACUUGCGUGAAAGACUUGUUGGUGAUCGCGAGGAAACGGGUACCGGCGAGCGGAAGCGUAUUGGAGGUGACGAAAAGGGGUUCCCACAUCACUUCGCUCUGUCUCGUAUAGGGUUCCCAAGUAUACCGUAGUUCGAAUAUCGGAGCGCGGGUCGACGAUGGCGAUCCGGGAAAGAUGGGUGAUGGUCCACCGUGAGGGUCGGCCGACCAACCGGUGAUACCGAUUAUGCUCGUGUCGUCUCUGAGGGUGGUAUGUUCGUACGAAACACUCUCGAUGCGGCUGAUUCCGUGCUUGUCGCUUCCACGGACGUGAUCGGCAAUGGAGUCGAGGAGGACGGCGACGACGAGUUCUGCAGUGUUGCCUUGCAUGUAGAGUGGCACCAAAAGGCUUAUGAACGUGGUUUUAGGGAAACGAAGACCAUCGAUGAAGCGAGCGGAGUCGCCGAAACUGUCGCAUUCGAGGAAUAGAGUUUCUAGGUGUGUGAGUUCUAUCGGAGAUACGUCCACGGUGUCGUCUGCGAGGCCCCCGAUGCCUAUGAUGCCGUGCGGGAGAGAGUCGAAGACCUCUUCAUCGUAGAAACCGCAAUAUACAAAUAAACUUUGGAGAUUCGCAGUGUGGCGUAAGACUGCGUGGAGUCUGGAAAGUGUCAGACCACCAUGGACCUGCAAGGACCGAAGGUUGGAGAUGAUGAGGGAUGAAAAUUGGACCUCGAUAUUGGAGCAUAGCGUGAGUUCUUCGAGCCGAGGUGCGACACCGUUAAACAAUUCAUUCGGAAGAGUGAGAUAAUACGGAUCGGUGAAGGUGACGCGUAGAUUCUCGGGAGGUCUGUGGAAAGCGAGGCUUCGCAACAUUGGCGCUGGUUGAUUACGAAUUCCGAGAAGGAAAAUCGACAUAUCGUCGGGACGACCAGUGACAUGAAGUUCUCGUACACGAUGAAGUUGAGACUGGAUGGCUACUCGUGUUCUGGUAGGGUGUCGAGGAAGAGUGAUGUGUACGUCGAUUGGUGCAGGCCCGGACCUCUCGAUGAAGACCGAUGACCAUCGACCUCGUAAAUUAUCAGAGAUCUGACACCAUAGUGCGCCGUACUUGAGGGCAGCCGACCGCCAACUUUGACAGACGUGGGUCACCGCCGCCAAAGUGGGGAGUGACGCUUUUUCCGUGAGUGGCUCGACGUCAUGUCCAUGGUUUCGAGCCGGAUCUGUGCAAUGGAAGAAGACGCUCUCGAGGAUCUCCGUGGGUAGGCGGAAGAUUUGGCUGCGUUGAUGGCGAUCAGUAUAGAAUGCGUGUAACCCAGGGACUGUUGGGUUUUCUGUGGCUGGUUCGAGCUGAGAAGAAGUAUCUCGAACGCCUGCAAAUUUUGCGCUGGCUGCGAGCUGGGUGACCAUCGGUUGAGCCACAGAAACGUGUGGCGUUCGUUCUGAGCCAGUACUCAUCCAAAUCAAGCCCCUAGAACUGGCGAUCUGGCGUAAGCUGAAGCUCGCGUUCU